AUGAUGGCUGAUAGGAGGCACCAAUGUCCAACACUAGCACAACUUCAUCUAAGAACUAACCUUUCAUCCUCAAAUGCAGUGUUUGUUCCAUCACCAUCAGAGAAAAACUUUGCAAGCUUUGCAACUGAUUUUCUGAUGGGUGGAGUUUCUGCAGCAGUGUCGAAAUCUGCAGCUGCUCCUAUCGAACGCGUGAAGCUUCUGAUUCAAAACCAAGAUGAGUUGAUUAAGGCUGGUAGGCUUUCUGAACCUUACAAAGGAAUUGGAGAUUGUUUUGGUAGAACAAUCAAAGAUGAAGGGUUUGCUUCACUUUGGAGAGGAAACACUGUCAAUGUUAUUCGUUAUUUCCCAACGCAGGCCUUCAACUUUGCAUUCAAAGACUAUUUCAAGAAGCUAUUUAACUUCAAGCAAGAGAGAGAUGGAUAUUGGAAAGUGUUUGCAGGAAAUAUUGCAUCUGGUGCAGCAGCAGGAGCUUCAUCUUCAGUCUUUGUUUACUCAUUGGAUUACGCUCGAACGCGACUUGCUAGUGACGCCAAGACCGUGAAGAAAGGAGGAGAGAGACAAUUCAAUGGCUUGAUUGAUGUCUACAAGAAGACAUAUCAAUCUGACGGUAUUGCUGGUCUUUAUCGCGGUUUCAAUGUUUCGAUUGUUGGAAUCACUGUCUACCGCGGAUUGUAUUUCGGAAUGUAUGAUUCUCUUAAACCAGUGCUCUUAGUAGGAACAUUUCAGGACAAUUUCCUUGCUAGUUUUGUUCUAGGAUGGAUAGUUACAGUUGGAGCUAGUGUUGCAUCUUACCCUUUCGACACGGUUCGUAGAAGAAUGAUGAUGACAUCAGGCGAAGCUGUAAAAUACAAGAAUUCAAUGGAUGCUUUCAAACAAAUUGUGAAAAGUGAAGGUCCAAAAUCUCUCUUCAAAGGUGCUGGUGCAAACAUACUUAGAGCAGUUGCUGGUGCUGGUGUGCUUGCAAGUUAUGAUAAACUUCAGGUGAUUAUGUUGGGAAAGAAAUAUGGUUCUGGUGGAGCUUAA